AUGGAUAUGGACGAGGGUAGAAGCAACGAAGAAGCAAAGCGUAAAGCCGAGGAGCGAGAGAAAAAGAAGGCCGAAGUGCGCAAGCGUCUUGAAGAAGCUGGCUCCAAAAAGAAGGCCAAAAAGGGUUUUUUGACACCGGAGAGAAAGAAGAAGCUCCGUAAGCUGCUUAUGAUGAAAGCAGCAGAAGAUCUGAAGCAACAACAGCUGUUGAAAGAACAGGAAAGGCAGAAGGUGCUUUCGCAACGUACAAUUCCACUGCCAGAUGUAGACACCAUCGAAGAUCAUGGUAAAUUGGAAGCGAUCUACAACCAACUCUUUCAACAUAUGGUGAAACUUGAAGAAGAAAAGUAUGAUAUCAAUCAAGCGGUUAUGGCCAAAGACGCCGAG